AUGGUUGACUUCACAUUUGACAUUGAAAUUCAUGUUGGGGAAUGUUUUGUGGAGGACCCAACCCUACAAUAUGUGGAUGGGUCUAUACAUACAUUGACAGAGAUUGAUCCUGACAAGUUGAGUUUUUUUGAAAUUCAAGAUUUAUACCAUCUAGUUGGUGCUCCUAAAGAACACAAUAGAUAUAGGUAUUUACUUCCUGAAGGUGAUCUAGAGGAUGAUUUAAGAGAUAUAAAAACAGAUCCAGAUGUGGUGAACAUGACUACCCUUCAUAAGGCAUGGCUAGCUAACAAAAUCAUAAUCUAUACUGAUAUAGAUGUGGAGCCAUUGGCAGUUGAGCAUCCUGAUGAAAGGGGAGUGGCAGAUGAUGGUGUAGGUGGUUGUGAUGAAGGAGUGGAUGAAAUAGAUUUGGAGAGUGAUUAUGAUGAAGUUGUAUUGGAGGAAGAAGAAGAUGUUGAGAAUGUUGAGGAUGGUGCAAAAGUUGAAGAACAGGAUAUUGAGGUUGGCCUAGAGGGGGAGGGCUUUGGUGAUGACAUAUUUGCUGCUCCAAACUCAACUCCACAAGGUUUUGCUCUAGAAUCAAGUGAUGCUCCUAAUACAGCUCAGGCAUCAGGCAAUGCUCCCAAUACAGCCACAGAAUCAAGCAAUGUACCCCAUGUAGCCCCAGAGACUAGUGGCAUGGCUAGUUUAGAUGGUGGAGAUGGAACUGAGUGGGCUGAGCCAACUCUUGAGGAUAACCUGGUAAGCAUGGAUGGAUCUAAUGAUGAGCAGGUACCUGAGCAGCCAGAGUUCAAUGCUAAGAGUGACAUGAGAAAUGUUGUACUAAAGAAGGAGAUGAAGUUUCCUAAUGCAAAGGUGUUCAGAACUGCUUUAAGGGAGUAUGCAAUUAAAAAACCAGUUGACAUCAAAUUCAAGCUGAAUGAGAGGACCAAGAUAUCAGUUCAUUGCAAGAAUGAGUCCAAGCAACAUCAGCUUAUGUUGCUAAGAGGUUCAUUGAAGAUUUUAGCAAAAAUCCAAAUUGGGAGGUCAAAGAGAAAGGCAAAGGAUUUGAUCAAUGGAGAUGAGCAACUGCAAUAUGAUGUCCUUAGGGAUUAUGCACAAAUGAUAAACACUGUAGACAAGGGGAGUAGGGUUAUACUACAGACAAAAAUGGCUAAUGAGACUUCCCAACCAAAAUUUAAGAGGAUGUAUGUUAGGUUCAAUGCGAUAGGAAUUUUAGGUGGCUGCAAGCCAUUUAUAGGUUUAGAUGGUUGUCACAUAAAGCACAGAUUUGGUGGGCAAAUCUUAUCUGCCAUUGCCAAGGAUGCAAAUGACAACAUUUUUCCAGUAGUCAUGGCUGUUGUGGAACAAGAAAACAAGGAGUCUUGGAUAUGGUUUUUGGAAAUAUUUGCUGAUGAUAUAGGGAGGCCAGAGGAGUUUCAGUUGGUCUUCAUUUCUGAUAGGUAG